CCAAGAUGGCGGCGCCCUGAGCGGCCCGGCCGAGCCAUGGCGGCCCCGGGAGAGGCUCCGGGGGAGGCCCCGGAACCGACCCCGGGCCCCGGGGACCCCCCGGCCGAGGCGCUCCGGGCCGUGCUGCGGCCCAGCGGGGCCCUGCCGGCCGAGGCGCUGCCGGUGCGCGGGUACGACUUCGCGAGCGGCCCCGACCUGGCGGAGCUGCUCCGCUCCUUCCGCACCACCGGCUUCCAGGCCACGAGCUUCGCGCGGGCCGUGGCCGAGAUCCAGAGGAUGAUCUCGGCCAAGCUGCAGCCCCUGACUCCAGAGCAGCGGGAACGGGGGGCCCUGGCGGGGCCGCGGCCGCCCUCGGGCUGCACCAUCUUCCUGGGCUUCACCUCCAACCUCGUGAGCUCCGGGGUCAGGGAGAGCAUCCGAUACCUCGUCCAGCACGGAAUGGUGGACGUGCUGGUGACCACGGCGGGGGGGGUGGAGGAGGACCUGAUCAAGUGCCUGGCACCCACCUACAUCGGGGACUUCCACCUGCGGGGCCGGGACCUGCGGGAGAGCGGCAUCAACAGGAUCGGGAACCUGCUGGUGCCCAACGACAACUACUGCAAGUUUGAGGACUGGCUGAUGCCCAUCCUGGACCGGAUGGUGGAGGAGCAGGACACGCAGGUGAGGGGGGCACACCCACCCACCUGA